AUGAAGAGGGAAAAGGGAGGGAAUCAAUUAGCAAUGAUCGGAGAAGGUGUGGGUGGGCUAAUCGCAGAAAACAGUGGGGAAGAUGGGGUAGUGGCAUCGGUGGUUUAUGGCGGAACCCGAUUAGAAAGUGGUCAAGGGAUUUUUUUUUGUUCGUCAUUUGAUCGUGUCAAGGGGAACGCAAAGGAAACGAAUACAAAACACGAAGGGAAGAACGAAGGCAUAAUCGAUUGGAAGGAAGAGGAGAUUGGAACGGGAAUGAACCGAAGGCAGUCAAGAAGAAGGUACACAAAGUUAGCGAAGGUUCGAUCGUUCUUCUGGCUGAAGGAAGGGGGUCCGAUGGCUUCUGAUUUUUCGUCGAUUGAUUCGCAAUCGGUGAUGGCCUCCAGGGUUCGACUUAGGCCUAAGAAGAGGAAGGGAAAUGAGGAGGCAUCGAGGGGUGUUAGGAGGCGGUAG